AUGAUCCCAACCCUGCUGCGGGUCAGCUCUCCGGUUUCCAGAGAGAAAGAGGACAUGAUGGAUGACAGGACUGCCUCUGAACAGGAUGGAGACCACACCACUUCAGGGCAUGGCCAGGGGCUGAAAAAGGAGCCCUGUUUCCAAAGAGACUCUUUGUUGCCUUCUCCCAGUGCAUCCCUGAUAUCACAGCUCCUCAGCCACACGAUGGUUAGCAGGGGCCUGGAUCCUCACAUCCUUUUACCUUCCUUCCUGGUGGCAGACCUACCUCAGGACUAUGGGGAUGGUGCGUCUCCUGGGGAAGGAGAGCAAGCCCUGACUCUGCCCCGGCCCUGUGCCCCCACUCCCAUGCCUUGUGCCAGUGACGGAGACCAGCUCUCCAAUGAGCACCUACAAGCCAAGCGGGCCAGGGUGGAGAGCAUCAUCCAAGGCAUGAACCUCCCACUGAACCCCCUAACAUGUGACACCAGCGGGGAGAGAGGUGGUGGGUAUGACAUGGAGAGGGGCCGUGAGACACCACGGGAGAAUAAGAGGAAGCCAAGGGUGCCCCGGCAGCAGCAGAGUGAUGGGGAGGUCCGGCGGGCAGUCCCCAGUGCCUGUAGCUCCCAGGCACAGGGCUGCCAGCAGCUGAAGGAGCAGCUCCACUUCUUAGAGCAGCAGCUGAGGCAGCUCCAGGAGAAGUUCUUCCAGGUCUGCAACCCUGGAGAUGCUGCUCAUGCCCAGGAAGGGACUGAGAAAGCCCAUCUACUGCAUGGAAAGCCUGGAGGCAGACUGGGCAAGGACAGUGCCACUGCAGCCAGUGACCCGCUCAAAGUGCAUUUCUGGAGGAGUGUCCCAGAAGCAGCAGGGCAUGAAGCACCAGAGGAGGAAGAAGGUGCAGGUGAUGCAGGCAGUCUGCCCUCGGAGGCCAGGGUGCUCUCGGAAACGCUGAAGCACGAGCUGGCUGGGGUAACGUCUCGGGUGGUGGACUCUGUUCUGAAGACUGUGUGGCCGAAGCUGGCCAGCCACCUCCCGCAGUGGCACUGCAGCCUCCCGGUGCUCAGGGAAGGAGCCAGGAGAGAGUAUUUUGCUUCUGGGAAAUGCAGAAAACCGCUUCCUAAGCCUCCCCACCAGGAUGUGCUGAAUUCACUGGGGGGAGCUCAGGCUGAGGCUCUGUCAGGAGCUUCAGAGAAGAGCCCAGACUCUCACACUUGCCCCAUCAGUUCAAGAGGGGUGAGAAAAGCCUGUCAGGUAGCCAGUAUCGGUUAUCGACUGGGCAUGACAGCCCCAGGUCAGGACAACCAGCUCCUUAGCCAGCUGCUGGGUUAUGGCCAGCAUGGCUCCUGGGGCAGCAGCUCUCAUGGAAGUCCCUCUGCUGCGGAGCGGGGUUCUCCAGAGCCCCUCGACUUGCACUGGGGAACCAUCAAACUCAGGUCGUCGGUCAUGAGACAGCAGCAGUAUCCCCGGCCCCUGAGCCCUGCCAGUGUGGGAAGUCUGGUGCUGCUGCCAGCUGCCAGGGCAGGCUGCAGGGAGCCGCAGCCCAUGAUGGACGGGGCGCCCUUUGCCUCCAUCCAUAUCCAGGAGGCGCUGACUCCCAGCCACCUGAAGAAGGCCAAGUUGAUGUUUUUCUUCACCCGCUACCCCAGUUCCACUCUGCUGAAGACCUACUUCCUUGAUGUGCAGUUCAGCCGCUGCAUCACUUCCCAGCUCAUCAAGUGGUUCAGCAACUUCCGCGAGUUCUACUACAUCCAGGUGGAGAAGUUUGCCCGGCAAGCCCUGCUGGAGGGUGUUGCGGACACCAAGGUCCUGAGGGUCUCGCGGGACUCGGAGCUCUUCCGCGCACUCAACAUGCACUAUAACAAGGGAAAUGACUUUGAGGUCCCCGCGCGCUUCCUGGAGGUGGCCAGCCUGACCCUGCAGGAGUUCUUCAGCGCCGUCAGGGCGGGCAAGGACUGUGACCCCUCCUGGAAGAAACCCAUUUACAAGAUCAUUUCGAAACUGGAUAGUGAUAUCCCAGAAGUGUUUAAAUCUUCUGGCUGCUCCCAGGAACUGCUCAGGAGCUGAAUCUCCAUGGAAGUGGCCUGAGAUCUUCUGUAUACCAUAGCUAGGCCAGGGGAGAGGCUGGCUGUGCUAAGUACUGCUUGGGCACAGCUUAUGCAUUGUGUAUAGCAUCCAAUAUUAUGACUAUUUUGAAUCUGGCCUAUAACACAGUCUCUUUGGGUGAGGUCCAUUACGUGCCUCCAGGCACCAGGAUUUUAUGCUGUAUGUUUUGCUCCGCUGCUCAAAACCAGCGAGGUCUCAUGCUGGAGACCCACGGAGGGGACAGAUGGGGAUUAAGUCAUUAGGUUGGAGCCUGGGAGAUUGCCAGUCUCC